AUGUAUCAUUAUACCGGAAAUCUUAUUGCUCAACAACAGCAACAAUUCCCCACGGUAAGAUUUGGUAAGUUCAAAGGUUAUUGUGACCAAAGAAAGCUUAAUUGCCAUAGGAAGGGGUGUCAUGGGUGUGACUAUUGUAAGAACCUCCCAUAUGCUCUGUCCUUAUUGCGCAUAUAUCAGGAAAAUAUAUGGGAUUAUCCUCAUGUUGUCAAACAUGAAACCAUCCGGGAAUCAAAACAGAAACGAAUAGUGGAAGAUUGGGAUGUUGAACUAAAUUCUUUAUUGAACGAAAUCCUCACAACUGAUCACAAUCUUAACGAUGAUGAAUAUUUUGAACAACAUAAAUUACAAAUACCACCAUCACCAAAGAGUCAAUUAUCUUCCAUUUCAUACAUAUUUGGAUUAAAUCGACAUCUGACAAAUUUUAAGUUUGGGAAAAGAUUUAGAAAAUUGAAAACUCAACCCAAUAUUCAUUCUCUGACUCCUCCCAGGAUCCUGUCUCGGUCUCAAAUAUCCGAGAAUCGUGCUGUAUGUAUCUAG